AUGUACAACACUCCUGGUUCUGCCCACAAUCAGGUCCAUCUCAGUAUCAGCAAACAAGGGGACGGCAAACCUCACAAUAAUUCACCCAUUACGCCCGCCGUUACGGGCCUCUUCUUUCCCUCGCCGAUAGAUGGCAAUGUGCAAGACAAUGGCAGGCAGAAUCCAAUCCUCCGGGAUAUCGAGGCCGAAUUCUCUAUCGAUGAACGGUCGCAGUCGCAUGAUACAGUGGACCCCAUCACACCCACCGAUUACCAGGCAUUGGACGAGCUCUGGGGUACCCUCCGGAUGCAGAAAGAGUUGAAGAUGGCGAAGGAACCACCCAAGGUCAAAUCGUUCGAGGGGCUGAGUCUUGGAGUCCCUUCGGAGAUGCAGCCUACGUCAAGCAGACAACCCUCCGAAAGGCACUCCAGUUCGAAGAAUACAUCAAACACGAAGCCGAUUGUCAGCUUUCGCGAAUCGUCCGGUGGUCGAAGUGUGAUGGCGUUCUUCAAUUUACCGGGGCUCACAAAACAGGAUGUGCACGUCAGCUACCAGCGGAAUCGCUUGGUAGUGAGUUGGACGGAGGUAGAGGCGUUGGAGCGCGAAGAGCAGGGGGUUGUCGUCCGGGAACGCAGAGAGAGACAAUGCAACAGAACGAUCGCCCUACCAGAAGGAACAAAGUUUGAGGAAAUACGUGCAGCGAUGGACGAUUCCCAACUCGUGCUCAGAUACCCUAAUAUUCGCUCGAGAGCCGGGGAGUCCAGAUCGAGGCAGCGCAGCCGGGGGACUUCAUAA